GCUUCUCUCCAGCCUGCUGCAGUGGGAGCAACAGCUCUGCUAAGACGUCAUGGCCACUUCUGGAAAAGUUAUCAAAUGCAGAGCUGCUGUUGCCUGGGCUGUGGGCAAACCACUCUCUGUUGAGGAAGUGGAGGUUGCACCUCCAAAGGCAGGUGAAGUCCGUAUCAAGAUUGUGGCCACUGGCAUCUGCCACACAGAUGAACACGUUUUGAAAGGUUACUUUCCUAAUGUGGAUUUCCCAGUUAUCCCAGGCCAUGAAGGAGCUGGGAUUGUGGAAAGCGUUGGAGAAGGAGUGACCUCUGUGAAACCAGGAGACAAAGUCAUCCCCAUUCCCCUUCCUCAUUGCGGGGAAUGCAGCUUCUGCCAGAAUCCCGAAUCCAACUACUGCCUCAAAUCCCAUCUCUCUGAACCACAAAACCUCCUGCCUGACAAGACCAGCCGGUUCACUUGCAAAGGGAAAAAGAUCCACCACUUCUUGUGGGUCAGCACCUUUGCAGAAUACACUGUGAUCCCAGAGUACGUCGUUGCCAAAAUAGAGGCUGCUGCACCUCUGGACAAGGUCUGCUUGCUUGGCUGUGGGUUUUCCACAGGCUAUGGGGCUGCCAUCAAUACUGCCAAGGUAAAACCAGGGUCCACCUGCGCUGUCUUUGGCCUUGGAGGAGUUGGCCGCUCUGCUGUCAUGGGCUGCAAAGCGGCUGGAGCUUCCCGCAUCAUCGCCAUUGAUAUCAACAAGGACAAGUUUGCCAAGGCCAGGGAGCUGGGAGCCACUGACUGCAUCAACCCUCAAGACUUCAAGAAGCCCAUUGAAGAGGUGAUCACCGAGAUGACCGGCCAUGGAGUGGACUACUCCUUUGAGGUCAUUGGGCGUGCGGAUACCAUGAACGCUGCUCUGGCUUCCUGCAACAUGAACACUGGUGUCUGCGUGAUGGUUGGGUUACUGCCUUCUGGUUCAGCAAUUUCCAUUGAUCCUAUGCUUCUGCUGUCUGGGCGUACAUGGAAGGGGACUCUGCUUGGAGGCUGGAGGCUGAGAGAUUCUAUGCCCAAAUUAGUUUCCAGUUAUUUGGAGAAGAAAUUCAACUUGGACUUGCUGAUCACACACACGAUGCCAAUUGCUAAAGUGAAUGAGGGACUGGAGUUGUUACAGGCAGGAAAAAG